AAAAGAAAUCGACCGAAACCUGUAACAUAUUCUAAUAAAUGAAUAUGUAGGAUAAAGAGGGUAAUAUUGAAUUGAAUUUUGAAUAACACAUAUAACUUUAAAUUUAUUUUUUCUUCAUACUAGAAUCGGGCUAUUUGAUUCAACAAUUUCAUGAAUUUAAAAUUUGUCGUGAAUUGUUAAUGAAACAGUAGACCUCAUACAUUUGCCUCGUGGAUGAUAGUCUCCAAGGAAACCAUUUUUAUUUAUCUAACAAUAAAUUUAAAUAUAAUCAAAACGAUGGAGUUGAACAAAUUAUUUUGGAUAUUAAUUUUUAUGACAUUAGUAAUUCCCAAUUUAAGUGUGAUAAGUUUUGAAAUUGAAAACGAUGGAAGCUAUUAUGAUUUGAAGGGCGAUUCUGAAGCGAGUAAUUUCCACGAAGGUGAUGAUAUGAUGGUCAACUAUUAUGCUCCAUACACUUUGAAAAAUUCUGAGACUGAUUUGGAGAAUACAGGAGAUAGGAUACAGAGCAUAAUAUCUGAAUCAAUCACAAAAACUGAAGGAGCAACUGGCCGAGAAACGUUCACCGAGAAAACUGUGGCAGGAGAAUUAGAGCAUAAAAUGCGGAUGGAGGAUAAAUUGAGCAUUCUUAAAGCAUUACUCUUAACUGAUAACUCAACCGAAUUAGCAACGAAAAGUUCAAAACUCACAACAAGCAGUUUGCUAACAUUUAUAAAUUUUAAUACAACAAUCAAUAUCAUAUCAAGCGAAAGCAAAUUGACAUCGCAGAUAAAGAAAGGCUAUCUUAAGCCUAUAAGAGGUGGAAGUUCAACUGAAUCUGUGAAAUCAGUUGAUUCAUCUGAACCUGGAGAAGGUUCAAGUAAACCAAGGAUUAACAUCGAUUCGAAUGAUAUCAAACCAGCUAUAAUAAUUGCAUUAGCGACCAAGUGUGAGCAAAUACAAAAUAGAGUGAAUAGCUUAGAACAACUACAUAAAAGCCUAAAGAUCACCAACGAUGAUUUUUCAAAAGAGAUAAGUCAUUUGGAAAAGAGACUCAAGGAUGUGGAGAAUCGACAACUUUCCGAACAAACCCAUGUUGUUCCUCAAAUAAAGGCCGAUACAAAACUUGAUGAGAUUUUGAAUAAGUUGAAUUUCAUAGAGCACUUCCAAUUGUUGGCUAAAAAGCCUCUAAUUGAUUCUGAGGAGAUGAAAUCGACCACUAAGAAUAUCAGUAACCCGAACGCUUUGCUGGAGCAUUACAGGGAUGCCUUGAUGAAGGCGAGAGAAGAAAAAGAAUUGAUAAACAUCGCACAACAGUAUAAACAGACAUUUGAGAAAUUGAAGAAAAGUCAAGAGACCACAACCCCUGUCAGAGUUGAACCAUUUCCAACAUCCAUUAAAGACAAAACUAAUAAUCAAAUUCACAAUAUAACAGCAAUAAGUUUGUCCUGAUAAAUCUUUAAAUGAGGGUACUUCCCAUCAGCAUACUUUACUCCAAUCUUGAACAUUAUCUAAUGUGUCUUAACAUUUGUGUAAACCUCAUUGAUAUAAUCAUUUGAUAUUUCUAUUAAGGUUGAUCUUUCCAACUGCACACUUGAAAUUUUUUUCAAAUAAUAUGAAUGUUUCACAUCGUGAA